GGCUGGGGUUGGGCUCGGCUCCUUCCCUCCCCUCUCUGUGUCUACCCGCCUCCUUUCCCAAGGCCGGCCUCCAGCCCCUUGGUGCCGCAGCCUGCUCACUGAAGCUUGGCUCGCGGAGCAACUGGCACAGCUCGCCCGAGCCCCAGCUGCCAUGGACUCCAACGGAGACUUCCUGGAGCUGCACGGCCUGCAGGAUGAUGGUGACUUGAAGUUCCUGCUGAAAGGCUCCCAGCUCCAGAAAGUCAAGUCUAGCUCAUGGAGGAAAGACAGAUUCUACAAGCUGCAGGAAGAUUGCAAGACCAUCUGGCAGGAGUCCAAGAAAAUGAUGCGUUCUCCAGAGUCCCAGCUCUUCUCCAUUGAAGACAUCCAGGAGGUGAGGCCAGGCCACCAGACUGAGGGCAUGGAGAAGUAUGCCCGUGAUGCCCCCGAACACCGGUGUUUCUCCAUCAUCUUCAAGGAUCAGAGAAGCAAUCUGGACCUCAUUGCAGAGUCAGAGGUAGAAGCUCGGCACUGGGUGGAUGGUCUUCGCAAGAUCAUCGUGCACGUAGGCUCCAUGAACCAGAAGCAGAAGCUCCAGCACUGGAUUCACUCAUGUCUUCGGAAGGCAGAUAAGAACAAAGACAACAAGAUGAGCUUUAAGGAGCUGAAAAGCUUCCUGAAGGAAGUGAACAUCCAGAUGGACGACAGCUAUGCCCGGAAAAUCUUUAAGGAAUGUGACAAAUCCCGGACAGAAUCCUUAGAGGAUGAUGAGAUCGAGACAUUUUACCGCAUGCUGACCCAGCGGGAAGAGAUCGAUCGACUAUUUGAGGUUAUCUCAGGCUCCCGGGAGACCCUGUCUGUGGACCAGCUGGUGACCUUCUUACAGAAGGAGCAGAAGGAAGAGGAGGCCGGGCCCCAGCUAGCCCUGUCCCUCAUUCAGAGAUAUGAGCCCAGUGAGGCUGCCAAGGAGCAGAAGCAGAUGACCAAGGAUGGCUUUCUCAUCUACUUGUUAUCUGCCGAUGGGAGCGCCUUCAGCCUGGCCCAUCAGAAGGUCUACCAGGACAUGAGCCAGCCACUCAGUUACUACCUCAUCUCCUCCUCCCAUAACACCUACCUAAUGGAGGACCAGCUCACGGGGCCAAGCAGCACAGAGGCCUACAUCCGGGCAUUGUCCAAAGGUUGUCGGUGUGUGGAACUGGACUGUUGGGAUGGCCCCAACAUGGAGCCAGUGAUCUACCAUGGCUAUACCUUCACCUCCAAGGUCCUCUUCUGUGAUGUCAUCAAGGCCAUCAAGAAUUACGCCUUUAAGGUGUCACCAUACCCAGUGAUCAUCUCCUUGGAGAAUCACUGCACCUUGGAGCAGCAGAGAGUCAUGGCCCACCACCUCCGAACCAUCCUGGGGGACUUACUGCUCGACAGACCCGUGGAUGACAUGGUGACAGACUUCCCUUCUCCUGAGCAACUAAAGAAGAAGAUCUUGGUGAAGGGGAAGAAGCUAGGGGGCCUGCUGGCCAGCCUCGGAGGCUCAGAGGCUGCCGAUGUCUCGGACGAGGAUGAAGCUGCCGAGAUGGAGGACGAGGCCGUAAAGAUGAAAGUGAAGCAGAAGCUCGAGAAUGACAAGCUCAAGUUGGCCAAGGAGCUGUCUGACUUGGUCAUUUACUGCAAGAGUGUUCACUUCCAAGGCUUCCAGCAGCCCGCCUUCUAUGAGAUGUCCUCUUUCACGGAGAACCGAGCUCUCAAACUGGCCCAGGAAUCGGGAAACACCUUCAUCCGUCAUAACAUCAAGCAUCUGAGUAGAAUCUACCCUGCGGGCUGGAGAACCGAUUCUUCCAAUUACAGCCCUGUGGAUAUGUGGAACGUUGGCUGCCAGAUUGUGGCCUUGAACUUCCAGACCCCGGGGAUGGAGAUGGAUGUGUACCAAGGCCGUUUCCAGGAUAAUGGGUUCUCUGGCUAUGUCCUGAAGCCUGCCUUCCUUCGGGACCCCAACUCCAAGUUCAACCCCCGGGCUGUGGCUGAGGGGCCAUGGUGGAACCGGAAGAGACUUCGAGUCCAGGUCAUCUCUGGGCAGCAGCUGCCCAAAGUGAAUAAGAACAAAAACUCAAUUGUGGACCCCAAGGUGACUGUGGAGAUUCAUGGGGUUUCCCGGGAUAAUGCCAGCCUACAAACCACCGUAGUGAGCAACAAUGGCUUCAACCCGAGGUGGGACAAAGAGUUCCAGUUUGAGGUGGACGUCCCUGAGCUUGCCCUGGUCCGGUUUGUGGUGGAAGAUUAUGAUGCGUCUUCCAAGAAUGACUUCGUGGGCCAAUGUACCAUCCCUUUCUUCAGCCUCAAGAAAGGUUAUCGCCACAUCCACCUCCUGUCCAAGAAUGGAGACCAGUACCCAUCAGCCACGCUGUUUGUGAAGAUUAACACUGAGGACUAGGGUGGGAGAGGGGGCUCCUGGAUGGCCUCCCUUCCGAGGAGUGACCAGAGGCAGCGGCCCUUUGCCCAUUUAGGGCCCUGCCAGAUCUUACAGCAGUGGGGCCCUGGGCCAUCUUGGGACCAGUGAGAAGGGAAAGGUGGAAGCUGGAAGAAAGAAAUAUGCCUCUCCAGGCCCUGACAAUGAUUGGAAGGGCCCUGGGUUGGGGAACUCCACCUUGCAGGCUGCCCAGCAGUCUCGCUGCUUCGGAUGAGCCUCCUCCCACUGCUGAGCUAAAAGAGCCAGGAUACCAAUGGCCCAAAGGACCUGGGAGCACAGAGCCCUUCAUGGCCCAGAUAGCCACCCAGGGGGCCCUCACUCAGAUGAACUGACUGCCUCCUCCUAGAAGGCAUCCAGAUCUGUCUUCAGCCACCCCUCGGGUGGUGCCUCAAUGCUAUCUGGGCUCCAGGCCUGGGGGUGGAGGGAGGCAGGAAGAGACGUUCCCUGGGCUCCUGGGUCAGGAGCUGAGUUACACUACAACUGUUCCUGGGCAUGGACACCGGCUUUGGGUUUUAAUAAAGUUAGAAUGACCUCA